UUUUUUGCUAUUUUGUUAAUAUAUAUAUUUUUUUAAACAAGACGCCAUGGAAAAGAACACCUCAGAGAAUCGACAAACAACCACCGCAUUACCUCUUUCUGCUCUGCGCCUUGUGGUGCCACCUCUGCGCCUGAUGUCUGCAUUUUUGUGGCAGGUGGUUCAGCGUCACAAUGUCACACAAUAUGAAAAACUAGAGCAGUUUGUUAUACUGGUAUCAGAAAUGGUACCAGACAUCAUGAGUCAAAAUCUGAUCAAUAAACUCAUCUUUUACUUACGGAAAAAGGUGAUCUUAGAGCUCUGUAUUCAAGAAAACACACCUGACCUCUGGAUAAUUCAAGCACAUUUGGACACACUUCGCAACCUCACAAAUAAAAAUGUUCUUCCUCUAGAAUAUGGUCCUACAUAUGAUUCAGUCUUACAGAGCUUGGCAUGGCAGUUUCUAUCUCGAGUGGAUGACCUGCUGUCUGUGCCGAACCUCAAAGAGACAGUCACAUGGCUCUGUGGUGGCAUGUCUGCCAUGGAUGACAUUGUGCAGCCACUCUCAGACCCAGUAGAGCUAAGGGAUGUGUUGCAGCACUUCAAAACUAAGAGACAGCAAAAAAGAAUUGAAGUAAAACCAGUCUAUUCCUCAAUUACCACUGAACAGGAGAUGGUCCUGCCUGUUAGUUCUAUUACACAAGAGAAAAUAUCACCUCCGUCAUCCGCUGAACAAGAGACAAUCAUUAUUACACAGGCAAUCAAUGAAUACCAGUCUGAGUCUGAUCGCGCUGCAGCCACUAUAAUGAGUCCUGCUCAUAGUGACGCACAGGAGACGGUGGACGCGGAGGCCUUGGACAGCAUGGUAACCGAGGAAGAGACAGAACUACAAGAGGAAGAAGUUUAUCAAGAGGAAAGUACAGGGAUGUGUGAAGUCCAGCAAAUCUACCUCACUGCAGAUGGCUCCGCCGUCAUCGUAUCAGAAGUGGACAGCGGGGUUGAUGAUGCCACUCAGUUACAGUUUGUAGAACAACAAGAAGUUGCUGAGACCUCAGAAGUAAGGGAAAUAAGCAUGGAGGAGUGGAUUUCCGAAAUAGCCAGCAAAGUAAUUCCUCUUCCAGUCGUACCCUCUCAGACUCCAGUAGAGCUUCUUACAGAGGAGGCAGCUUAUGUUCCAAUUAUUGAAAGACCACCAUCCAUAAAGGCCAUUAUUAACCGAAAAAGCCCGCCAUCUCUGGUAACACCCAGGAGAAAUAUGAUCGCAUUGUCUUCCCAGUCAAGCCAGGGCGUGGGUAUUAAGACCCACACCUGUCGCAUUUGUAAUAGGGUAUUCCGUUUCGAGUGCCAGCUGAAGAAUCACAUGCGCACACAUACAGGAGAGAGACCAUACCAGUGCACAGACUGCGGCAAAAGUUUCCGCUGUCUUGGCUUCCUGUCCAGUCACAUCAAAAGUCAUUCCCUUGCCAGAUCGUUCAAAUGCACACAGUGUGCCAAGACGUUCCACAAGAAAGCCGACCUCCUCAAGCACGUUCGGGUGCACACCGGGGAGAAGCCGUACAAGUGCACCAUCUGUGGCAAGAGCUUCUCGCAGGCUUCGUAUUUGAAGAUCCAUCGGGAGUGCCACACAUCGGAAUGCCUCCAUCAGUGCCCUCAUUGUGAGAAACGUUACCCAACUGCAUUCAAGCUGGCCAUACACAUCCGCUACCACUCGAUGGCGCGUGCCUACACGUGCAGUGUGUGCGGCAAGAGCUUCAUAUACGCCAGCCUCCUAAGGAGACACAAGGGCUAUCACAUGGGUGAGCGCAAGUACCUGUGCUCAAUGUGUGGCAAGUCUUUUGUGUACAUGUUCGACCUGAAGAAGCAUCAGCGCAACCACGAAAAGCCACGCAUACGCAUCCCGUGCAACAUCUGUCACAAGACGUUCGCCGGGCCAGAGAUGCUGCGCUGCCAUCUGCGCAUCCACACGGGUGAGCGGCCCUUCACCUGCAAGGUCUGCGGAAAGACUUUCUCUCAGAUCGGCAACAUGAAGAGACACGAGCGUGUUCAUACAGGUGAGCGGCCCUACACCUGCAACGAGUGUGGAAAGACCUACAAGCACUCUUCACAUCUGAAGAAUCACAUGCUAAGUCACACUGGCGAGCGGCCGUGGCGGUGCCAGCAUUGUGGCAAAAGCUUUAAGUUUCUCAAGCCCCUGAAGAAGCACGAGCAGACGCAUCUGGGUCAGCAGGUUGAAGUUGAUCAAACAUGUUGACUGAACUAGAUUCUCUGGUUUGAGUUAUGUAUGAUUUUUGGAACCUGAAUAAGGUUCUAAACCUAAAGCAAACCUGUCUGUGCAAGGAUUCUUUAUAAGAAAGGUCUUAAAAAGACAUAAUGGAGAAAAGUCAGAUGUACUUCAGCUUUACUGAUGUUUUGCCCUGAAGUCAUAAUUAUUUGCAUUUCUGUGUAGGCUAAAAAUGAGAGUCCUAAUUUAAAAAUGGAAGGAAGAUAAGCAUCUUUUACUAAACAUGAGCCAUACUGUGGUACCUACUAGGGCUGUCAAGUAACACAAUAUUAUCCAAAUAAUAAAAAUUGCUGUUUAAUAUAAUACUGUCACAAGACAAGAAAACAUUCAUGUUUGUACUGUGCAUUAAUUUUAUUUUCAUCAACCACUUUAUUAUGGUCAGGGUCGCACUAAGCGCAAAGCAGGAAUACCCUGGACAGGGCGGCAUAUCAUUGCAGGGUAUCAGCCCCCCAUAAAAAUUUAUGAUUGGACACCCUGCCAACCAAUAACCCUAGCUUACCAGACCUCUGUGCCACUUCAGCGAGUAUGUGUACUUCAUAGAACAUGGAAGAUAAAAACUGACAUUUUUGUAUGAUAUAAUUAUUGCAUUAUUAUAAUAGACGAAUAGA